CACGUGCGAGCGUGGCGGUGAGAUAGAGAAGCAUCGAGUGAAAGGGGAUUGGUAAACCAAGGGAAUAGAGUGCGUUUGGAAACCCUAGGCAUCACACGCUCAUGCUCCGAGCGUGACUUUUCCUUCCCAUCUCUAUCUCUAUUUCUGAUCAUCACCAAUCUUCAAUCUUCUCCUUCUUUUUCCCUUCCCAGUACCCUUAAAAUCAUCAAGCAGAAAGCUGUUCUCAUCAUGGAUAUAGAUCUCAGGUUACCCUCUGGUGAACAUGAUAAAGAGGAUGAAGAAACAACUACAAUUGAUAACAUGUUGGAGGGCGAAGAAAAGUUGCAUAAUGGAGGCAUAGACAGCAGAAAUAUGGUUGAUGCUGGUAUUGAGGUACAUGCUCUAAAUGGUGGAGAUUUGAAUUCACCCUCAGUUGAUAUGGUAAUGUUUAAGGAAGAUACAAAUCUUGAGCCACUUUCUGGCAUGGAAUUUGAGUCUCAUGGGGAGGCAUAUUCUUUCUACCAAGAAUAUGCACGGUCAAUGGGAUUCAACACUGCAAUACAAAAUAGUCGCCGUUCAAAAACAUCAAGAGAAUUUAUAGAUGCAAAGUUCGCUUGUUCCAGAUAUGGAACAAAACGGGAGUAUGACAAAUCAUUCAAUCGACCACGUGCACGACAGAACAAGCAAGAUUCUGAAAAUUCAACUGGUCGAAGAUCCUGUUCUAAGACUGAUUGUAAAGCCAGCAUGCAUGUAAAAAGAAAACCAGAUGGAAAAUGGGUUAUACAUAGCUUCGUGAAGGAGCAUAAUCAUGAGCUCUUACCAGCCCAAGCAGUCAGUGAACAAACAAGAAGAAUGUAUGCUGCGAUGGCUAGGCAGUUUGCUGAAUACAAAACUGUGGUUGGUCUCAAGAAUGAGAAGAAUCCAUUUGAUAAAGGUCGCAAUUUGGGCCUGGAGUUGGGAGAGGCUAAACUUAUGCUCGAUUUUUUUAUACAGAUGCAAAAUAUGAAUUCUAACUUCUUUUAUGCAGUAGAUCUUGGUGAGGAUCAGCGUCUGAAAAGUUUUGUAUGGAUCGAUGCUAAAAGUAGGCAUGACUAUACCAACUUUUGCGAUGUAGUGUCGUUUGAUACCACCUAUAUUAGGAACAAGUAUAAGAUGCCUCUUGGUCUUUUUGUUGGAGUGAACCAGCACUACCAAUUUAUAUUACUUGGGUGUGCCUUGAUAUCAGAUGAAAGUGCCACAACUUUUUCCUGGCUGUUCCGGACGUGGCUGAAAGGAGUUGGUGGUCAAGCUCCGAAAGUGAUAAUUACUGACCAUGACCAGACUUUAAAGUCAGUUAUUUCAGAGAUCUUUCCUAAUGCUUGCCAUUGUGUUUGCUUAUGGCAUGUAUUGGGGAAGGUAUCUGAAAAUUUAGCUCCUGUAAUUAAAAAACAAGAUAAUUUUAUGGCAAAGUUUGAAAAGUGCAUAUUUAGGUCAUUGACCGGUGAUGACUUUGAAAAGAGAUGGAGAAAAAUUGUUGAUAGAUUUGAACUUCAAGAGGAUGAAUGCAUGCAGUCAUUGUUUGAAGAUCGUAAGUUAUGGGCACCAACAUUCAUGAGGGAUGUUUUCUUAGGUGGUAUGUCUACUGCACAUCGAUCUGAAAGUGUAAAUUCCUUCUUUGACAAAUAUGUUCAUAAGAAGACCUCUGUGCAAGAUUUUGUCAAACUGUAUGAAGCAAUCUUGCAAGACAGGUAUGAAGAGGAAGCAAAAGCUGAUUCUGAUACUUGGAAUAAAGUGGCGACAUUAAAAACUCCUUCACCUUUAGAGAAGAGUGUUGCUGGUAUUUGCACACAUGCUAUAUUCAAAAAGAUUCAAGCUGAGGUUAUUGGUGCAGUUGCUUGCCAUCCUAAAAUUGACAGGCAGGAUGAGACAAUCAUUGUUCACAGGGUUCAUGAUAUGGAAACAAAUAAAGACUUCUUUGUUGUGGUGAAUGAAGUAAAAUCAGAGGUGUCUUGUAUAUGUCGCUUAUUUGAAUAUAAAGGUUAUCUUUGUCGACAUGCAUUGGUGGUUCUUCAAUACUCAGGCCAAUCAGUGUUCCCAUCUCAAUAUAUUUUGAAACGGUGGACAAAAGAUGCAAAGGUCAGGAAUAUAAUGGGAGAAGAAUCUGAUCAUAUGCUGGCAAGGGUGCAACGAUACAAUGAUUUAUGUCAGCGAGCACUAAAACUGAGUGAAGAGGGAUCAUUAUCUCAAGAGAGUUAUAGUCUUGCAUUCCAUGCGCUGAAUGAAGCACACAAAGCUUGUGUGGGUUUUAACAAUUCUAGUAAGAGUCCCGCAGAAGCUGGUAUGUCAGGGGCUCAUGGUCAGCUUUCUACUGAAGAAGAUACACAGAGUAGAAAUGUGGGCAAGUCAAACAAAAAGAAGAAUCCAACUAAAAAGAAAAAGAUGAACUCUGAGGCAGAAGUGAUGACUGUUGGGGCACUAGACAACUUGCAACCAAUGGACAAAUUCAGUACAAGAGCUGCAGUAACCCUUGAAGGUUAUUAUGGGACGCAACAGAGUGUGCAGGGGAUGUUGAACUUAAUGGGGCCAACACGUGAUGAUUACUACGGAAAUCAACAGACUCUACAGGGGCUGGGACCAAUGAGUUCCAUAGCAAACAGCCAUGAUGGUUAUUAUGGUGCACACCAGAACAUGCCUGGUUUGGCACAGCUGGAUUUUUUGCGCACUAGUUUCACCUAUGGAAUUCGGGAUGAUCCUAAUGUGAGACCAGGACAGUUGCAUGAGGAUCCAUCAAGACAUGCGUGAGUGCCACUAUCCUUUAAAUUAAGGUUGGGGAAACGAGGACUGUAAGCAGUGCUCAUCUGGUGUAGAAAAUGGAAUAUCUAAAAGCCCGAUUGAGGUCAAAACGGAAAGCCUCAACAUCCAUUGUUUGUAAGAUAAUGCUGUUAUAUCGAUAAAUAUAGGAUGUAUUAUAAAAUAUUAAUAGAUGGUGUAAUUUAAGGUUUUAGCGUUCAACCUUUUGUAGAGAUUGUUGUAUUAUAUAAGCUUAUUCUUUAGGAAACCGGGUAAAUUGUAAGUAUAAAGUAUUUGUCAGGAAGUAUUCGUUUGCUUUUUCUUAUUCAUAUUAGUUCAAAUGAAGAGUGGAACUCAUUCAUUUAUAAUUUCAGUUUCCUGUCGUUCCUCUCA